AUCGAAUAGCUUUGAAAAGCAAAAUAUUUUAAGGAGUUCCAUUAACAAUUUUCAUAUGAAACCUCGUAGGCGGCCGAAGCGUAGUGCUUCCUGUGAAUCAUGGGAUUCUUUUCAAAAGCCGUUAAGACAUAUUUUGAAUAGGACAACAGUUAGAGAUUUAAAUACCACCGAACAAAUCUUAAAAUUAAUUUUUGACUUUGAUGUAAAUUCGAAAAAUAACGACAGCAUCGAUGAAGCUUUUCAAACGUUUCAAAACUACAUCAAAGUGCAAGCUUUAAGAAAGGCUUCGGAAACCGUUGUUGAUUGGAAUACGUUGAAACAAACAUUCUUGAUGGACACCUCUCAGACCGAGGAAAAUUAUGUUGAUAGAAACAGUGAUGUUGUGUUAUCACCACCGCCACCGCCGGAAACGAAAAGUGCUGGAUCAUUUGAGGUUUUGGCCACAUCACAUUCUUCUAAGUCUCUUAUUACACCUACUCCGUUUAAUUGUGAAAUGAAAUCUAUGGCAAAUCACAUGGAACCAACAACAACAACUGUUGAUGGGAGUGUAGAACCUAUUGGUUUGUUUGGUGAUUCUAAUUUAACCGAAAAUAAUAUCAGCAUCAACUCUGUUUUGGAUUUUAAUUCUUCCUCAUCAACUGAAACUAACGAUGAUUUGAGUAUAUUUAAUAAUGUUGACCCCAUCAAAAGUAAUGAUUUAUUAAUGUUUUCAAAGAAUUUGGAAUCAUUUAAGAAAAGAUGUGAAGUGCGCAAACUUAAGACGAAAAAACCAAAAAAGUCGUUUUUCAGAUCUAAAAAAACUAAUUUCAAAAGAACAGCUUCUCCCUUUUUGAACAACGAAACCUUUUUGAAACUAAAGAAUUUAAGCAAGAAUAGCAGACGUUCUUGUGGUUCAAGAACGAGUCAAUUUGAAGAAGAUUUUCAAAUGAGUAAAUUUGAAGAGGAUUUCCAACAAUUUCUAAAAACUUCCAUACAACAAAAAAAUAAGGUUCCCAAAAUACAACUUUUUACACAAGCUAAACCUUCUUCAAACAAUUUAGAAAAACUAAUUUCAAAUGAUAUCAUAACAAGAGAAAAUGUUAAACCUCAGCCAAGAACUUCAUUUAUAGAGUCAUUUGAAACUGAUAACAUCUUGGAGUGGUUUGAGCAGUACAACAAAAAAGCCGAACAAACGGUUGAUGAUUCCAAUUUGUUUUUGAGAAUAUCAAUUGAUAGUUCAUAAUAAGACAGAAGUAUUUGAUAAAUGAAGAACUACUUACCAACAAAAUCAAGAAAUACAACUUUUUCCUUAUACUUAUUAAUUUCGAAUAAAAAUGAUUGAAGAAAGAAGUAUUAUGAGCCUAUAGGCGACUUGAUCAAAUGACGACCUCUGGGGGUAAUCAUGAUAAAAACUGGAUGAUUUAUUUAAGUAAAUAAGAUAAUUGCCAUUUUGAAAUCAUGAUGACCAUUGCAUAACAACUUUAUUUCCACUUGACUUAAAUCAGAUGAAAUUCAAAAAGAAGAUUGUUUAAGUAGAAAACUAUUGGAUGUGGUGAUCAAAUAAUGAAAGUAAGAAGCUUGUUCUAAAUUUGUUUAUCUUUGGUUAAUUUUAUAUGCAGGUCAUCUUUGAAUAAUUUUUUGUAUUAUUUUGCUUUUUUUUUUUAAAUAAGAAAAGACUUUAUUUAAUUUAAUUAACAUUUUCAAUAUAAUACAUAUUGGUUUUUUAAAACUGUGAACAUUAAGUGAUUUCCAAUAAAAAAAUGAUUAAACUGUA